CAUGCAGCGAUGAAGUCACGUAUAUUUUCCACAGACUUAGGAUUUUGUUUUUGCCUCGUAAGCAGUCACUCAGCAAACAGGAAGGAGAAGACUGAAAAAACGGCACCCAAUCAUCGAAAGUUUGCCUGAUGAAGUUUGCAAAAUCCAAGACAACUGUGAACCAAUUCCAAUAAAGCUAGCAGCAGGGGCUUCACAGAUUUCAGUUCUUG